CUCGACCCGAACUGGCUGUCUCCGCCCGGCCCGGACCAAUCCGGAGCGCGCGCGCCCUCCCGCUUGGGAGGACGCUGGGCAGCCGCGGGCCUCCGGGCGGAGCCGCGGGCAGAGCCGGGAGCCCGGGCGAGGGGACUGCACCGCUCCCCACCGCCCAGUGCCGCCCGCCCCCCCGGAAACUGUCCUGCCAGGCCAUGCUUCCGUGGGCGGCCGUCCUAGCGCUGCUGCUGGCGGCGCUCGCCCUGCUCCUCCUGCGACCCUGGAAGCGCGCCGUCGGAGCGGGGACCUCGAUCCGGGACCAUGAGGAGCAAGAGGCAGUGAGCAGAGGCCCCACCGAGCAGUUCAGAGACCGGCGCGAACCGCUCCCCGGGGGCUGCAGCCUCAUUUGCAAGCCCUCGGCGCUGGCCCAGUGCCUGCUCCGUGCCCUGCGACGCUCGGCGGCGCUCGAACCCGCCCGGAGCUCCUGGCUGUCGGGGCCCCACCUGCAGACCUUCUGCCACUUCAUCCUGCCCGUCGGGCCGGUCCCUGAGCUAGCCCGUGAGUACCUGCAGCUGGCAGAUGAUGGGCUGGUGGCCCUGGACUGGGUCAUAGGGCCUUGUGCUAGGGGCCGCCGGGUCACUAAUUCUGGAGGCCUCCCCCCGGUGCUGCUAGUAAUUCCCAAUGCGUGGGGAAGGCUCACCCGCAAUGUGCUGGGGCUCUGCCUGCUCGCCCUGGAGCGCGGCUACUACCCGGUCAUCUUCCACCGCCGCGGCCACCACGGCUGCCCGCUGGUCAGCCCCCGACUACAGCCUUUCGGGGACCCGUCCGACCUCAAGGAGGCGGUAACUUACAUUCGCUUCCGACACCCGGCGGCCCCCCUGUUCGCGGUGAGCGAGAGCUCCGGGUCCGCACUACUGCUGUCCUACUUAGGGGAGUGCGGCUCCUCCAGCUAUGUGACCGGCGCUGCCUGCAUCUCGCCGGUGCUACGCUGCCGCGAGUGGUUCGAGGCUGGUUUGCCUUGGCCCUAUGAGCGUGGGUUCCUGCUGCACCAGAAAAUCACUCUUAGCAGGUAUGCCUCGGCCCUGGAGGACACAGUAGACACGAGCAAGCUCUUCAGGAGCGUCUCCCUGCGAGAGUUUGAGGAAACCCUGUUCUGCCACACCAAGAGUUUCCCCAUCAGCUGGGAUACCUACUGGGACCUGAAUGACCCACUCCGGGACGUGGAUGAGGCUGCUGUACCUGUACUGUGCAUCUGCAGUGCUGAUGACCCGGUGUGUGGACCCCCAGACCACACUCUGCCCACGGAACUCUUCCAAAGCAACCCUUACUUCUUCCUGCUGCUCAGUGACCAUGGAGGCCACUGUGGCUUCCUUCGCCCCGAUCCCAUGCCAGCAUGGAGCCACGAGGUCAUCUUAGAGUCCUUCAAGGCCCUGACUGAAUUCUUCCGAAUGGAAGAGAGGAUGAAAGGGCUGACCAGGCGCAGGACUUCAUUCUUAGGGGGGCGGCGUCGCUGGGGAGGCCUGCAGAAGCGAGAGGCCUCCCCCUCUUCCAAUCUGGAGGAGAUCUUCAGCUGGAAACGUUCUUAUACCAGGUGAGGCUGGCCUGGCAAAGCCCUUACACCUUCAAGAAAGACCCCAGCAGCUGGAAGUCUGAGGACUGAGCUGGGGAGC